AUGUGCUUUUCAACGGCAAAGUGGAAAAGAGAAGAAGUUCGAGAUCAUAAAUUUGCCUUUAUUGAUGUAGAUUCAUUUAAUGACAAAAAAUUGUGUUCUAUAAAAAGGAUACAAUAUGCUUUUAUAUUUUUGGUUAUAUUAAAAACCGUUCUUGUCUAUAUUGCUGAUGUUUGGACUGCCGUAAUUUUACUCAUUUUUAACCGAUGGAGUUCUACUGUUAACCCAGCAAUUCCUAUUUAUAUAUCGAAAUGGAUUUAUGUCGGUUGUAUAUUUGCAUCUUUCAUUCUUUUAGUUUUGGAAGCUAGAAAAGCUAGAAGUGUAAUGAAAAGUGAUGAUAUUUCAUUUGCUUUUACAAAUUUAAUUGCAUACAAAUGUUAUACAUUUGGUUGGAAACGUCUCGUUUUUGCUGAAAUGCCUCGUCAGGCCAUUAAUGCAUUUACACUUUACUCAUUCAUUCCAUUGAACACGGCGAAAAAAUAUUUGGAUAUUACUUACUAUAGUGACGAUAUGUCCCAGCGUAUUGUCGUGGGUUUGAUGGCAUUUUCUCUGAUUAUUUUUAUCUUUUCAGCUCUUAGAAUCCUGUUUGCUGCUAUUCUUUAUGUACCACUGAUAUGUAUGAUCAGAGGUAAUCUUAAGGAAUAUUGUUGUCACAAAAUUGAUAAAAGCGAACUUCUUAAAAGAAGGCGUAAAAAACAUCUCGAGUCUGUUAAAAAAGACAAAAAGAAAAAUGGGACGUUCAUUGAACCCAAACUUCCAAAUGUUGAUGAUUCACCACUUCCACCUUACGUUAAAUCUUCGACGUUGCCGUUUCUACCUGACAGGAUUCAGACGAAUUCUCCUGAACCAUUGAUUGGUCCACCGCCUUAUGGGUCAAAGGCUGCUACCCCAAAUUAUGGGUCAAAGGCUGCUACUCCAAAUUACGGGUCAAGAGCUGCUACUUUAAAUUAUGGGUCAAGUGUUGCUACUCCAAACUAUGGACAAGUUAGCCAGUAUCACCCUUAUCAUGCAGAAACAGUUGAUUACCCACAACAACCUUAUUCCAAACAUAGACCACCUCCAUCUCCUCAGAUAAAUUCUUUUCCAAUGAAUCAAAAUAAUUUUGGGUCUGUUUCGGAACCUAUUCUAACAUUCAGACAAAAUCAAUGUGACCCAAUAAUAGCACCACAACCAGUAUUACCAGAUAUGGGUAAUCAACCACAACCUUAUCAUAAUAAUAGAAGACCUUCACAGCCAAAUGCCUUCCCAAUAAAUCAACAUAAUGUAAUCUUACCUGAGUAUUCUUACAAUAAUUUACAUUCGGCUUCAGAACCUGUUCCAAUUUUCAGACAAAAUCAACACGACCAAAUAAUAGCUAGACAAAACCAAUACGACCCACAACAAGUGGUAUCAGAUAUAGGCAAUUUACAACAACCUUAUGAUAAUAAUCUACAACAUCUUUAUGAUAAUAAUGGACCUUCUCAAUCCGGUUCCUUUCCAAUAAAUAAAUCUAACAUUCCCGCU